GGCUCCUUCACUCAAUCGGCGGCAGCGAUUGCCUCUUCACUUAACAACAAUUGAUCUCCUCUCAAGCUUCUCGACGUUAUCUUGCCCCAAAUUUUGUUGUGCAGGCCUCGAAACUUGAAAAUCCCACCUUGCGACGCCUGUAAAUUGGGUGCUCCACCACACUUAACUCAGAAACAGUAUUCUGCAUCUCCAUGGAGUUCACUUGUCUCAGCAAAGGCGAUGGCUUUCAUUUUCCGCCAUGUUCCAUGCUCAAUUUAUGCGGUUUUAGGAUUUUACUUGAUUGCCCCAUCGACUUUUCAGCUCUUACAAUUUUCUCCCCUGUUCCACCCGCUUUCUCUGGUCGUUUUGAUGUUGAGUCUUCGCAGACAGAACCUGUUGUUCGGAAAAGGCAGAGAAUUGAAAAACAGCUUGAUGCAAACGAUUUGAUAUUUGAAGAACCUUGGUACAAAACUGUCAAAAGUUUGCACCUCUGGGAUGCUUCUUUCAUUGACAUUGUGUUGAUUUCAAGCCCCAUGGGCAUGCUUGGUUUGCCCUUUCUUACUCGAAGCAAGGGCUUUGCUGCUAAGGUAUAUGCAACUGAAGCAACAUCUAGAAUUGGGCAGCUUUUAAUGGAGGAUCUUGUUUCAAUGCACAUGGAAUUUAGGCAGUUCUAUGGACCCAAGGAUUCUGGUUGCCCUCAAUGGAUGAGAUGGGAAGAGCUUCAAGUCCUUCCCUCUGCAUUGAAGGAAAUAGCUUUAGGCAAAGACUGCGAGGAGUUGGGUGCUUGGAUGCCCUUGUACAGUGCAGCUGAUGUGAAAGAUUGCACAAGGAGAGUUCAAACACUUAAAUAUGCAGAAGAAGCUUGCUACAAUGGAACAUUGAUUAUAAAACCAUUCAGCUCUGGUUUGGAAAUUGGAGCUUGCAACUGGACCAUAAGUUGUCCACAAGGGAAUACAGCUUGUAUUUCAAAUUCUAUAUUUGGUUCUUCACAUGCUAUGGAAUUUGAUUAUGAUGCCCUUCAAGGGAAUGAUCUUUUGGUAUAUUCAGACUUUUCAUCCUUGAAGACCAUGGAAGAUGCUGAGAACAAUACCAAUAACUUUGGUCCAGUUACUGGUACUUCAUCAAAUCUUAGGGAAGAGGACAACCAUUGGCAAGAAGCAGCGGCAACCUUGCUUAAGAAUGAUGGGACUUCAGAGGAAGCAGAGAAACUAGCUUUUAUAUGUACCUGUUCCAUUGAUUCUGUUAAAGCUGGUGGUUCAGUCCUCAUUGCCAUUGAUAGACUCGGAAUUCUUUUGCAGCUUUUGGAGCAGCUUUCAAUUUUCUUGGAGUCCUCAACUCUAAGUGUAGAUCUAGAUCAUGUUCCUGUGUAUAUCAUCUCUUCUGUAGCAGAAAAAUUAUUGGCAUACAUGAAUAUAAUACCCGAGUGGUUGUGCAAACAGCGGCAAGAGAAGCUUUUUUCUGGUGAGCCUUUGUUUGGACAUGUCAAACUUAUGAAAGAGAGAAAGAUUCAAGUAUUUUCUGCAGUUCACUCACCUGAAUUAUUAAAAAAUUGGCAGGAACCAUGUAUUGUGUUUUCCCCUCACUGGAGUUUACGGUUGGGUGCAGUUGUUCAUUUGCUUCGUCGCUGGUGCAGUGAUCAGAACUCUUUACUUGUUCUUGAGAGUGGACUUGAUGCUAACAUGGCUCUUCUCCCAUUCAAGCCAAUGGAAAUGAAGAUUCUUCAGUGCUCGUUUACUUCUGGAAUAGGGUUGCAGAAAGUCCAACCUUUACUAAAGACGUUGCAGCCAAAAUCACUUCUGUUCCCCAAGGACUUAAGAUGCCCGAUAAAAUUUUCUGAAUCCAAUAAGAUUUAUCUCUAUCAUGAAAAUGAAAUGUUGUGCAUACCAAGGAUGAACCAUAGUACAGAAAUAGAGAUUGUAACAGACUUGGCUUACACGUUCAAGGUGAAAUCUUGGAAACAGGAAUCUAUGUCAAGGUUGAGGGGAGAGCUCUUCAUGGAACAUGGUAAAUAUCGGUUACUUUCUGGGUCCAAGACAGCAAACUCCCAGCAGCAAAGGCUAUUGUUACACUGGGGUUCACCAGAUUUAGAAAAGCUACUGACUGAACUGUCGAAGAAGGGCAUUGAUGGAUCCAUUAAACAAGUGAAUGGUGGUGCUAUUGAUGGUGCUGAACCUGAAAAUCCUGCCACUACUUUACUCGUCCAUCAUCCUAGUAAAGCCUUGAUAGAAGUUAGAGAAGCAUGUACAGUUAUUACUGCUGCUGAUGAAAAUUUAGCCUCCCAAAUAUCUGAUGCCAUGGAUAGUGUUUUGGGUGGCAUUUAAACAAAGGAAAUGCUAUAUUUUAAUGUACAUUGUGAUAUUUUUUCAAUGAACUGGAAAUGAAAGAGCUUUGAAACAGAAUCUUGAGCAAAUAGUGUUGAGUAUGAUCUGAGUGAACAAGUGUAGUAACUUCACAACAGAAAUGACAAUCUGAUAAUUUAUAAUAAUUGAAACUUAUCUACAAGAGAUUAAAAUCAGGAUCACACACAAACAACUGAAGGUUUAUGUUUUAUUUCUGCUGACAAUAAUAAUCCCCUAAAGGAUAUAUUUUUUGGAAGUUCUAAGAUCCGAUAUAUAUUAGCUGAAGCAACAAGAAUUGGAAUGCAUAAAGCAUCAGACCCUUGCACCAAGUAAGGUCAUUAAGAAUUCUCUGUAGUCUCCAGAUGUAUCACCGACAACUGCAUCAUCAAGGUUGGAUUUGUACAUGUUGAAAUACUCCCCUCUCACUUUCAUCAUGUCAAUCUCUGCUCGCAUCACAAUUGCUCUGGUUAAUGAAUCUUCGUCUGUUCCCAGCCCAAUGAUGGAAGUUCCAAUAACCUGGUUCAAACAAAUGGUGAAAGUUAAGAGAAUUAAAAAAUUAUGGGUCUG